CACGUUUCUUUCGCUCACUCAAACAAAGCCCCAUACCGCCUAUAGCACUGGCAGGUUAGUCACAAGGAGUAACAAGGCUUCGUGAGAGACCGAAAUCCAGUAAGCACAAAUUGCACCAAUUAACGCACACUCGCUGCAGCCGUGCCAUGCCGGAAGCACCGACCGCCAAGCCAGCACCGGCCUGCGGCUACGCCCCCGGGGCGCACGCCGAGGCCCUCGAGUUCAUCGAGCAUGUCACGGCGAACGCCGGGCAGGUGCAGCGGCGCGUGCUCGGCGAGAUCCUGGCGCAGAACGCGCCAGCGGAGUACCUGCGCCGGCACGGAAUCCCCGCCUGCCCCGACGCUGUCGACGCGUUCCGCCGCCUCGUUCCGCUCGUCACGUAUGAGGGCCUCCAGCCAGACAUCCUCCGCAUCGCCAACGGCGACACGUCGCCUAUCCUCUCCGGCAAGCCCAUCUCCGAAUUCCUCACGAGCUCCGGUACGUCGGGAGGGGAGAGGAAGCUCAUGCCGACCAUCGCCGACGAGAUGAAUAGGCGGUCGUUGCUGUACAGCCUGCUCAUGCCGGUGAUGAGCCAGUCGGUGCCCGGGCUCGACAAAGGCAAGGCGAUGUACCUGCUCUUCGUGAAGGCGGAGUCGCGCACACCGGGCGGACUCGCCGCGCGGCCGGUGCUAACAAGCUACUACCGGAGCCGGCAGUUCCUCGACCGUCCGCGCGACCCCUACACCGCUUACACGAGCCCCGACGAGGCCAUCCUGUGCGUGGACUCCUACCAGAGCAUGUACGCGCAGCUGCUCUGCGGCCUCGUGCACCGCGCCGACGUGCUGCGCGUGGGCGCCGUGUUCGCCUCCGGCUUCCUCCGCGCCAUCCAUUUCCUCGAGAAGCACUGGGCGCGCCUCUGCCACGACAUCCGCACCGGCGAGCUCGACCCGGAGAUCACCGACCGCGCGGUGCGCGACGCCGUCGGGAGGGUUCUCCGCGCCGACCCGGCUCUCGCCGACGCGAUCGAGGAAGAGUGCGCUAGGGCGUCGUGGGAGGGCAUCAUCCGGCGUCUGUGGCCACGCACCAAGUACAUCGACGUAAUCGUGACCGGCACCAUGUCGCAGUACAUCCCGACGCUUGAGUUCUACGGCGGCGGCCUGCCGCUGACGUGCACCAUGUACGCCUCUUCGGAGUGCUACUUCGGCCUCAACCUGAACCCCAUGUGCAAGCCCAGGGACGUCGCCUACACGCUCAUCCCCACCAUGUGCUACUACGAGUUCCUCCCCGUCAAUUGCAGCAACUCCAAUGCCGAGCCGAGCCACCGCGACCUCGUCGACCUAGUCGACGUAAAGGUCGGACACGAGUAUGAGCUCGUGGUCACCACGUAUUCCGGGCUGUAUCGGUAUCGCGUGGGCGACGUGCUGAGGGUGGCUGGGUUCAAGAACAAGGCCCCGAUGUUCAGCUUCGUGCGGCGGCAGAACGUGGCGCUGAGCGUCGACUCGGACAAGACGGACGAGACGGAGCUGCACGCGGCGGUGAGCGGCUCGGUGCAGCACCUGGCGCCGUUCGGCGCGUCUCUGGUGGAGUACACCAGCUACGCGGACGCGGCCGCCAUCCCGGGCCACUACGUGCUGUUCUGGGAGCUGCGCGCCGGCAGCACGGCGGUGCCCGCGUCCGUGUUCGAGGAGUGCUGCCUGUCCGUGGAGGAGGCCCUGAACAGCGUCUACCGGCAGGGGCGCGCGUGCGACAGGUCCAUCGGGCCGCUCGAGAUACGCGUCGUGGCGGAGGGCACCUUCGACAAGCUCAUGGACUACGCGCUCAGCCGGGGCGCGUCCAUCAACCAGUACAAGGCGCCGCGGUGCGUGCGCCCCGGCCCGGUCGUCGAGCUGCUCGACGCGAGGGUGCAGGGCAAGUACUUCAGCCCCAAGUGCCCCAAGUGGAGCCCCGGGAACAAGCAAUGGAACAAGAGCAAGGAUCUGGUCAGCAACGGAGACGUCUGAGCUAGCUGAUGAAAAGAUGAUGAUCUGAUCGUUCGAGUGUGUGUUUGAGCUGGAAAUUAAUGGUACAUGCAUAUGGUCAUUGGUCCAUCGAUGUGUUUCGUUAGGGAUAUUUGAAAUAUCUGAUGCUGCGAAAGUAUCGAAUUAAUAGUUAUGAAAUGAUGACUUAUAAUUAUA